AUGGCGUCUUCAUUCGACCAAAGUCCCCUCUUACCGGGUAUAAAGGUCCUCCCCUCCGCUCUCAUAGCCACCAUCAUGACCAAUCUCGACAUCCGCUCUAUCCAAUCACUCGCAUCCACUUGUAAGACCUUCCGCUCCUGCGCCGCCCACAUCCUGUCUUUCAUCCCCACCUUCCACCUUUUUGAUAUAGCGCCGUUGAUGGAUUUGUUGAGACCUUUGUUACCUUCAAACCCGUACUUGAGGAGCCUAAAGAGCUUUGCCACUACAAUUGCGCCGACUAGUUGUGGAGGCUACAAAGCAUUGCAUCCUAAGAUCUGUCAACUAGCUGAAUCAAACUAG